AUGGACGAGGUCGUGGAGAACCAGCGCUGGUAUGCGCUCAGCGGCUGGUCCGACAAGCUUCUGGAGAAGGACCCGCCCGCGUGGUCCGACGCGGCGCGACGCGUGGCGAAGGCCAAGCCGCCGCUGCCGCACGCCGAGUGGCACUUCUACCGCAGCGACGAGUACGACGAGAAUGGCUGGAUCUACAGUGCGUCCUUCGACCUGAGCGACUUUGGCGCCAAGAACGCAGCCUCUGUCGUGCGCAGUCGCAUCUGGCUCAAGGCGUCGACAGAGCCCGUACAGGCGCCGACCGCAUUGACCCACCUGCCGCUCUCACCUGUCGAGAGUGUUUGCAUGGAAGCGCCGCCCGCUGCUUCAGCGUCUAUCGCCGAGGCCCCGCCAUUGAAAGAAGCCGAUCCAGCGCCCACAUCAGCCCCCGUGGCGGUCAAGCAAGGAGGGUACCUCAGCCGGUUCUCGUCGGCAGCUCUCAACGUUUCCAAGUCUGCGGUGGACUUUGCAGCGUCCAAGUCCGUAGGUGCUGUGCUCACGGCCGCCUUGUCCGUGCACGAGGUCUCGGCGUACGCUUACGACACGGCGCAUGCAGCUGCAGUCUCGGCCCUGGCCGCUGACACGGCCGCCGCGCCGCCACGACCCAAGGGCCCGUCGGCCGCACGCAGCCCGAACGCCUCUACCCGUCGCUUCCCCGACUUGACACCAAUGGAGAAGGCGAUGGUGUCGUGUUGCGCCGACUUGGCGGUGCAUCCGGUGGCCUCGGCGCCCGAGCCCGUGCUGCGGCCCGACUGCACCCAAUGCAAGUCACCCUUUGGCAUCAGCAAGUACCGAUACCACUGCGGGUACUGCGGCGAGGCGUACUGCCGCGACCACCUGCCAGCAACUGAGCGCCUCCACGCGUUUGGCGGCGCCUCGCCCGUCAAGAUCUGCGCCACUUGCGUCGAUUUUCUAGCCCAAAAGAUUGACGUUCAGCAGCGCAACUGGCGCGUUGAGCGUGUUCGGGACUAUCUCGACCGGACGCUGGCGCCGUACGUGAGCGUCUCGACCGACACGGCGCUCGACAAGGCGUUCCGGGCCGCCGAAGGCACGUUGGCCGCCGCCAAGGCUGCGCCACUGGGCGCCACGGCCAAGAUGGCGGUUGUCAGUGCCGACUUUCUCCGCAAGUAUGGCCGCGCCGGGCUGAUCGGCUUUGUGCUCCGGAACGAAUUCAUGCAGUCGUUCAACACACUCAAGGCGCUGCUUGGGGACAUGGAGUCGCUCAGCGUCCAAGACGCGGCCGUCGGACUGUACUACUUUAUGGCGACCAACCGCGGGCAUCGCGGCGGCCACCCGCUCGACGAGCGCGAGAUGCACAAUGGCUGCCCGACAGUGCCGGACGCGCUCUUGCACGAGCUCAUUCGGUUUGCGCCCAUCACGCUCCACGCGAUUUACGAGCUCGAUAUCCUCGACAUCCAGCGCUUCGUCAAGCUCCAGGGCUUCACGCUGCUCUUCGCGUCCGUCGAACACCGCACUGCGAAUCAGCCAGCGUUCGGCCUCGUCGCGCGCGCCGACGAGAAGCUCGCCGUCCUCCUCGUGCGCGGCUCCAAGUCGGUGCAAGACAUCCUCACGGAUCUGCAAGUGGCGCCCGGCGACGCCUCCAGUCACGGGCCACUGGACGCGUUCGCCCACCAUGGGAUGGCGCAAGCGGCGGCGUGGAUGAAGGCGCAGACCAUCGACGCGCUCCGGGAGCUGCACGGCCGCGGGUACCGGCUCAUGGUCAACGGUCACUCGCUGGGUGGUGGCGUCGCGGCGUUGCUGGCCGUCAUGCUCCACACGGAAUUCCCGGACGUCAAAUGCUAUGCGUAUGCGGUGCCGGCGUGUGCGAACCGCGAGACGGCCGCGGCCUGCGCCCCGUACGUGCACUCGGUCGUUCUCCGCGACGACUUCGUACCGCGCGCCAAGACGCACAACAUUGUGCGGCUCUCGACCGAGCUCAAAGCGUUCCGCGAUGACUGGAAGAACACGGCGUUGGAGGACUGGACCGCAGUCAAGUCACGCGUCAAGUCGGUCUGGGCACCUCGGAAGCGCGAGUGGGCGACGAUGGAAGCCGCGCGCACCCGCGGGACGCUGCUUCCGACGUCAGAGACGCCACUUGUGAACGCAGCUACACCGUCGCGCGAGGCUGCCGUCGACGCGUGGACGCUCACGCGGUCCAACCUUGUCGACAAGUACUCCGAGUCGAACGGCAGCAGCCCCAAAGCGCCCGAGACACCCCAGACAACCGACAAAGAGGGCGACGACGGUCGGGCAAUGGAGACCGACAACGCUGUCGAGCUCUUUGUCCCAGGGCAGAUUGUCCAUCUCUACCAUACGCACGGCGUCUACGACGCUGCGUUUGUCGACCGCGACUGCGACGCGCUCGGAAAGAUUCACAUUUUCGAAAACAUGCUCAGCGACCACCUCGGCCGCAACUACCUCGCCGCCCUCCGCAUCGUGCGCGACGCGCGCAAAGCGUCGAGUCCGCCGCCAGCGUGGGUUUGCUUCGGUACGCACACGCGCUGCAUGUGCUGCGAGGCGCCGUUCACAUGGAACUCGACGUCGCAGAGCGAAGCGCAGGCGAACCGCGACCAGCACAACUGCCGGAGCUGCGGCUGGCUGGUCUGCGACGGCUGCUCGGAGAAGCGCAAGCCGUUGCCCGAGUACGGCAUCAACACCCCGGUUCGCGUCUGUGACAAGUGCUUUUAUAAGGCGUAA